AUGAACUUCCGAUGGCUCAUUCUUCUGGUGUUCCUAUUUCGGACCGCAUUACCACUCUCGGAAGAAGUUGUCAUCGUUGACACUCUGACCAACUCCACAGCUUUAGAAGAACCCACAGAUGAGUACACAUGCGACUGCAACGACAAGGAUCUUCUGGAGAAGGGCAACUACACAUUGACAGUUGAAGUCAAGAAUAUGCAAGUGCGGUUAGUAGAGCCCUUUCGUGAUGCAAUCGCUUUUAUCACAAGUGAAAAACAACACCUCCUCGACUACAUCCAAUUUGUUGUACUUCGCGAUACGAAAGCCACCUAUCCACUACUCUUGAACUAUACAGAAUACGCCUCUUCAUUUGAUGAGCUGAUCAAAACAUUCAAAAAUAUUCUGAGCACUGAAAAUGAUAUUUUGUUGAGUGGGAUCAAGUACGAAGUGACUACUGCUGUCCAGAAGUUUUUUACGAGUCUCCUUCCUGAUAUGUUCCUGUGUCUAUCAGUUGGAAAGUGUCGAACGGUGCCGCUGGAGUAUCAGAAUUGCAUGACGGCUAGUACCGAACACUGGUCUGUUUACAUUGGAAACACUCCGAACAAAAUGGCUGUAACAAUAGCCGAAGCCAUUUACCGUUACCGAAAAGUCGAAUUUCUUUUGGUUGACAUGCAUCAGCAACUUAUGAAUGCUCAAUCUUUGACUAUAACUGAUGAAUGUCUGAAACAAUAUGUGCAUUCAUUGCCCUGCAAUUGCACACUUUCUGGAAUUGUACGAUGCCAAACGUCUUGUGCUACCUCGAUGGAAACCUGUUUCGGUAAAUAUUCUCGUGAAUGGGCAGCUAAAUUACACUUGAUGAGAAAUAUGACAAGUACGAAGAAGUCAUUUUUGGAUGAAUUUCUGACGCUUAGAAAGACAAUAUUUUCUGUUAUUCGACUGUUCAUUGAACGGAAAUCAUUUGAAUAUGCUGCAUACGUUUACAAAGCAUGUGGUCCACUUGGAGAAAUGAUAAUACAUCCAUCGAAACACGUGGCGCGCAUUCACUCUCCAGGACCGUUCGUUUCUCGAGCAGACGGUGCAGUAAGAGAGCUUCAACUCUCGGCGAAAUCGUGGGACCGAUUUGGACGAAAAAUCUGUGACCAUACAGGUGUGGUUGUACAUCCUGGAAUGUGCUACGAUGGAACAAAAGUAAUCAAAGUUGAACACGAACUGUUGCCGAUAACCAAAGAUGUACGACCAAGGCCAAUGAUGGAUUGGAUCGAGAAGAAGAAUGAGAAGAAAAUCGCUGUCGAAGGAUCGGCAAGUCCAUUGUGGGAUGACGAAGACUCGGAUGGUUUUGAGGGAUCAGGAUCAGGAAUGCCGCCAAUCAUCAUUGACAGGAAUCCGGUGAAGGCUGUUAUUCAAGAGGAUCAUCCAAAGAAUAUUGACCUCUCCACGAAUCCAAAAGGGCCUUCGGUCAUUGUCACCGAACAAGGAAGUCAACCUGAUGGAUCUUCAACUGUAUCUGCUCUCACGUCACUUAUCAUCAUUGCAAUCAUUCGAUUUUUCUAA